AAAAAAAAACUAAAUUUAUGAUGUCGUUUCUGACGAAGAACCAUCGAUUUCUUUAAUUUUGAGAAAUUUGUUUCUUUUGUUACGCCUGCACUUAUUAUUAUAUUUCAAAUCGUUUUAAGUGUUCGUCAUUUUGUGUUUUCACUUUAAAUUUGUCGUGUUCCGUUUGCCAAUUUUUAGUAGGACACAAUAGAAAACUGGUACAAUAUUGAUAUCAAAUCUACGGCUUUUACAAUCAGAAUUUUGUAGAACAAGUGCUAGAGUAGAUAAAUUUCUCUUAGUAAUUGUUUUGUUGUUGUCCUAGCGUGGGGUGUUCGCGAUUUGAUACAGUUUAUUUCGACGCCAUGUUGGCAAUGUUGUUAUUUACUCGUUGAUUUGCUGUGGGUUGUUGUGCUAUGGGUAUAGUGUGUUGUGCGACAAAAGCCACUGUGUGAGCAUGUUGGAAGAUGUACCCGUCCAUGGAAAUCGCGAUCCCAAGGUCCCUCAGGCGCCUACACAUCAAAGGAAUCUUAGUUUGGACUUCAGGCAUGUGACCGGCGCAAGCGGGCCGCCGGCAGGAUGCGGCCAUCAGAGGAACAGGUCCUUGGACUCUGUUCUCCAGAGGAUACCGGAGGACAUGACCCCGACGUCGCCGGAGGGUGCGCCGCUUCGGAUGCCCAUGGAAGUGCCCGCACCGAGGCUCGCUCUUCCUCCCGAAGUCCCGGCCGGCUCCGACGACUCCGGUAUCCACACCCCGCCCGACGGAAACGAUGAGGAGAGACCACCGGCGCCGGCCGCCGCCAGGUCUAGAGAAAGCCUCGACUCCGGCAACCCAGAAGACACGGAUAAACCGCCCGAUCCACCCGACGCUGUGGUCGAAACGCAAAUCAGAUCAGACACAUCAGCCGCAGAAACAUCGAAAAACAAAGACUUUCUUUUAAGGCUAUUCGAGAGCAAACUUUUCGACAUGAGUAUGGCCAUCUCGUAUUUGUUUAAUUCAAAAGAACCCGGUGUACAGACGUAUCUAGCGAACAAACUCUUCUCAUUCCCUCACGAAGACGUGGACUUCUACCUGCCACAGUUGUCGACGAUGUAUAUAGAAAUAGGUGAUGUGGCGGACGUGCUUCGGCCGUACUUGGUGCACAGGUGUAAACAAAGCGCGGAGUUUUCGUUGCGGCUCGCGUGGCUGUUGACGGCUUUCGGUGGUGACAUGAAGAGGUCGAAGGCGACCAAGUUAAGAGACUCGAUAUUGGCGGAGGAGAUCAGGCCGGCGGCGAGGCGAGGGCACCACAGGUCUCAGUCGGACGCGUCGGCACUGCGGCUGGCUACGCCGUCGGGGCGGCACUUAGGGGAUUUGGCGUCAGGGAGAGCCUUUGACAAUGGAUGCCUCUGCGGUGAACAGUGCUCCUGCGGCGCGCCCAGAUUAGCACCACAAACUCAGUUCCUGACGGCGUUGACGAACAUCGGCCGGCGGCUGGCAGGAGUGGCCGAUAAGGAACGGCGGAACGGCCGAUUGCGGGCCGAACUGGCCGCACUAGACCUCAACUUGCCAGCACGAGUUUGGCUACCACUACACCACAGGCCGCAUUAUGUGCUGAGGAUACCACCGCACGCGGCUGCCGUGCUCAACAGCAAGGAUAAGGCGCCAUACAUAAUGUACGUGGAAGUUCUCGAAACAGAAGGUCACGAGCCCCUACCUCCCCGUUUGCUACCGCCAGCGCCGCCCGCGCCCCACUCUCCCCCCAUCAGACAUACGAAGAGCGAAGAGAAUCUGGUGCCAGAAUGGCCGGUGCUGUCAUUGUACUCUGCAUUGGACGAUGCUGACGCGGGUGACUGUUGGAGCCAUGAUGAUGAGGAUCUAAGUACGCAGUACGCGCCGCGAGCGCCAGCGCCGGAUAGCUUAUCACAGGUGUCAGCGGUGUCAGCGUUAUCAACAUCGUCGUGUGGAUCGCGGGAGUCUGUAGCGGUGGGAGCGGGCGAAGUGCGGCGACGGUUAGCGGACGCUACGGCCGCGCCGCCGCCCAACGCUUUCAAACACGACCCAGCUGAUCCAUCGGCCACCGCUCUGAAGGAAUCCUGGGAAAGCAAACUAGCGAGAAUGCGGUCUUCCUCCCCCUACGGCGCCUUAGCCGGUUGGAGGCUACUGGGCUGCAUCGUCAAAGUAGGAGACGACUUAAGACAAGAGAUGCUAGCAGCCCAGCUGUUAAGGAGGCUACAGGCUGUGUGGGUCGCCGAGAGGGUGCCUUUGAAGCUGCACCCUUAUGAGAUCAUCUGCUUGGACAAGGAGUCUGGACUGAUACAGCCGGUUUUAAACUCAGUAUCGCUGCACCAGAUCAAGAAACAGUCGGGCAAAUCUCUUCGGGCGUGGUUGGAGUUAGAACAUGGGCCUCCCAACAGUGAAGGCUUCUUACGAGCGCAGAACAACUUCGUAGAAUCCGCGGCUGCGUAUGCGCUGACGAGCUACCUACUGCAGCUUAAAGACAGGCAUAACGGCAACAUACUGUUGGACAGUGCUGGCCACAUCAUCCACAUUGACUUCGGAUUCAUCUUCUCAAUAUCUCCCAAGAAUUUAGGAUUUGAAAGUUCUCCAUUCAAGUUAACGGCGGAGUUCGUGGAGGUAAUGGACGGCGAAACAUCAGACAUGUUCCAGUACUUCAAGAUCCUCAUCCUGCGCGGACUCAUCGCCGCUCGCAAGCACUGCGACCAGAUCAUACACCUCGUCGAGCUCAUGCGAUCAGGCGGGCAGUUAGCGUGCCUUCGCAGUUCAAGCGCAGUUUCAGCGUUUCGCGCGCGUUUCCACGGCGGACGCACCGAACCGCAACUGCAAGCGUUAGUCGAGCGGCUCGUGAGGGACGCGCUGCACUCGCUCUCGACGCGACUCUACGACAACUACCAGUACUACACCAACGGGAUACUCUAACGGUCUGUGAGGAUUUUGGAAAUCAUCCUAUACAGGGUGGAAUUUUGUAAUGCCACCUGGAGGGAAAGUACUCUUAAUACUGUAGAUAGAAAAUUUUACUCAAAGAAAACAUUAAUUCAUUUUUGAAUAGAAAUAAAACUGAAUUAAAAUAUUUCCAAAAAUUUGCAUGCCACACCCGGGAAUGGAACCAACUAAAAUUUGUUACAAAUUACACUGUGUAUUUUUAUUGCAUCGAUCGUUAGGGUUAGUUUAUGGAUGAAAUCUCUCUAACAAACUUGAUAAAUGAAAGGAAAACCAUGUAAUCUUGUUGAUGAUGGUUGAUGGAUCAGUGGAUUUUCGAAAAAAUUUCAUAAAUCUUUGAAUGCAGUUCUAUUUCUAUUCAAAAAUAAAGGAAUGUUUUUUUUGAGUAAAAUUUCCUAUUUACAGUAUUGAGAGUACUUUCCCUCCAGGUGGCAUUGCAAAAAUCCACCCUGUAUAGACUAAGAGCUAGUGAACGCCAGACCUACGUCAUCUUAUAAAAGCUGAAAGUUUGUCAGCGUAUGCUAAGUCUAUCUUUUACGGUGGCUUUUUCUGUAUAUUCAAUAGACUAAUUCUACUAACGUUAUACUGUCUGUACAAUAUUUGGGCAAUAAUUAGAAGUAUUUUCCCCAACAGCCAGACAGUUUUGACAGUUCCAACUCCUUGCCACAGUUUUUUUAGGGUAGCUCCCAAAGCCACCAUGACCCAAACUUCAUAAUUCACCAACAUUAUGUCCUAUAUUGGGAGCAUACGCUGACAAACUUACAGCUUUUAUAAAAUGACGUAGGUCUGGCGUUCACUAGUUCUUAGUCAAAUAGGCCGUUGAUCAAGAUAGGUACUCCCAGUUAUAAAGGUUAAUAUCCUCUGCAAGGAAAGCGCGCGUGAGAACAGGCGUAAUGAAAUUGAACUUGUGAUUGUCGGAAGCAAAUUGCGGCCAUAGAAAAUUUGAGUAGCAAAUAACCUGUCACGUUUAAAGCGCGCUUCCGUUGCUCGUUUUAUAUACCCCGCUAAAUCAUGUUACUCCGCAUUAGAUAAUGUUAAAAAUUGUGAUACCUUAACUUCUUAGAUUAAUCAAAAAUGUAUCUGACCGAUCGACAAACCCGAAACUGGAGAACUUUAUGAAUCUGUUAAAAGUAAUUUUACAGUUAAAUCUUAAGUGACAAUAACAAAUAUGUCUCAUAUUUUCGUCCUUAUUGUAAGCAGCAGUGUUACGCGUUCGCUUAAAAAAUAUUUGUUAUUCUAGUGUAUUGUUUUCAAUCUGUUAUUGUCGAUGCUAAACGUAGCAAUUGACAAUUACUUCUUCGACCGAUAUUGAUUUGGAAUCGAGACAUCGAUGUCCUAAAUCAUGACGACAAAAUGUAUCACAAUUAUGAAAUGUUAAAUUAAGUUUCUCGCGUUGAAACCCUAGUGCUGUAGUACACUUGUGUUACUUGCUUUGCGUAGGUUUUUAUAUAAUUAGUGCCAUAACCCAUUGUCACUCGCUGUACCUUAAAGUAGAUGUCCCCAUUUGCUCAAUCAUGCCCGCAGUCACCUAACAAAUUAAUCAUCUUCUGACCCGUCCAUUGUAGUUACUUUAUAGAACCAUUAGUGCUUCGUAACACAUUUGAAUACUUUGUGUAAACAUGUGAGCGCAUAGGAAUGUUAAAUUUUCGAAAAUCUGACGUGUAAAUAGAUAAAAAUUAUGAUAAUUUUCGCAAAGAGAAGACUGAUUGAUCAGGCAUGCAAAGUGGUCUAGUUUUAGGUUUCUUAUCCUUAUAAAUUUAAGUUUUACCCUGUAUAUUGAAAUUAGUUGUGUAAAAUUCACGAGCGGGAUCCACUCAUUCAGUAUGUAUUAGGAACAAUGCCAAAGCGUUGAAGACAAAAGUGGCAUUAUCUAGGUGUAACGAUGUUUGGACGUCGUUACGCGAAACGGGACUAGUUAGGUAUUUCGGAUACACCAAAAUUAUUUAGGUGAGUCUGUGGAAAUCGAACAGGAAAAGUGAGUUAAAAUAUUUUUAUCUGUGUUGUAUGAGAGGUGUUGUUUCGGUGUUUGUAAAUGCAAUUGUGAGAUUGUUAAGCUGCCGCUAGAUAGGUCUUAAAAUACUAUAAUUAUUAUGGAGCAGUAUGUUCCACAUGUUAAUGUUGACUAAAAUGAUUAAUCAAUACCCUUGUACGUGUAUCGCGAGACGGUUACGGCGUAUAACUGCUUAGUGUAAAUGGAGUGAGAAGUUUGUUGCCAAAUUUUAAGCGAUAAAUCUUACCUACGCAGAACAUAAAUGCUUCUAUUUUUCGAUCUACUCACGAUUUUCCGAUUUUUUCACUCUUGUAAUAGUUUGGUAAGUUAAACCCAUAAAAUGUAAAGUGAAAGUUAAAGCUAUGUAUUCGUGUUGUAAAAGUUAAAAUGAUUUCAUACAUUUUUGAAAAGUUGGAUAUUUCCAUUUUAAGAAUUUACACACGAGUACAUGGUUUUUUAUAACGUAGGUUGGAAAAAUGACACCAGAACUUUAUGUUAUAUUUAGACAAAAUAAUCCAGUAAUUGAUUUUACACGUCUCUCAACAAAAUUCUUUGUUAUCCUGAUUAAUUAUAAUGUUUAGACUAAAGCUAGGGAUACCUUUAAGUUUGUACUCUUCAACUGAUUACAAUAUUUUUGCUACGGAUUAUUUAGUUUAUCUCAUUUAUCUUCGACUUGAGCGUAGUUAAUAAAAUAUAUUUUAUUGCUUUAAGCAUCAGAUACCCAAGUAUGAAUCGAGUUAUAUUGUGCGAGUGAUUAUUGUGAGCGUUAUAUUGGAAAUGUAGAUAGGAUAUAAUUAUAUCUGAAGUACCUUUAAAUAUUUUAUUCUAAAAGGUAAUUUAUAGUCGCAUCUUAUUGUUUGCUAGUUAAACGAGUUAAAUCUGUAAAUAAACGUUUUCGCUUAUUAUAAUUCACUAUUAUUCCGGAUUUAAGAGUAUAUUGCAUCCGAAGUCCAAACAUUAAUAUUUCCUCAAAAUUAAAGUUAUUUAUCAACAUGUACAGGUAAUUGUAAGUAGGUACUGUAAUGUUUAUCUUAAUUUUUUAAAUAUACAUAUAUCAUGAUUUUU